AUGGUGCGGGUGCUCGGUGCUCGAAUCUCGGUACGGCGGUGCGUCGGGGCCAGGAACCCGUUCUUCACGACAUCUCGAGCACUGGCAAUAGGCGAAACGCACGAGCUGCAGCGAACACCGAAGACAGCUAUUCUGCUGCUGCACCACGGGCAGCCCCGGACACCGUACUACGCGACGCAGCAUCUCUCCCGGAGCAGCGCGCACUUCUAUCGGCUGCCGCGAUGGCUCACCUCGUAUGUUUCCAGUCUUCUUGUUAUUUUGUCGGCCGUGAAAGCGGGUUUUUGCGUAGACGAUUACAAAUAUUCGAAGAAUUUAUCAUUCAUGAUUGAUACAUAUGCGGAAAUUUUGCGAGACUAUUUGAACGUAUUGAUUCCCGAGCAUCGACCAUUUCAUUGCACAUAUGCAUAUCUUUACGAGGAGCCUGCUAUCCCAAAAACCAUUGCUGAUUUGAUAAAGAUGGGAAUGGAGCAGCUAAUUUUACUGCCUCUCUAUCCACAUUAUUCGUGUUUUCGAACGGGUACUAUGUUGAACACAGCUGUUGAAGCUCUUGAUGAACAGACAUUACCACUGGCAAAAGAUGGGAUAAAUGUGAUGGAUCACCGUGUGAGGCCUAUGUCCCACAUAUCAUUUCGCUGUAGUACCAUCGAUCGAUGGAGUACUCAUCCUGCUCUCAUCAAUGUUAGUUGCUCUUUCUGUAGUUCUUAUGAAGAAAUCCGGACAAAAAAUAAAUUUUGGAUGUCUUCCUUUGCUGUUAGUGCAGUCUCUGUGUUUCGUAUUUCUUAG